UCUACAUCCUGGUAUCAUUUGCGCUAUUGCUCUAAUCCCGACUGCUUUGCUUGUGACUUUUGCUUUAACGGUGCUGAAAGGUUUCGAUCUCUUGCCGAGGAUUUGUGGUGGCCGGUUAAAAUUACGGCGGCAAGGACGCCAAAACCACCCAUCAACAACUUUUCUUAGCCUCUCAGAUCCAGCGGGAGGGAGCUUUUCGACCACUGAGAGCAAUUUUAUCGGCCAAACUAAGGACGAGCCAACGGGGACUAUUGUUAGGCCCCAACCCGUUCAUCAUGCGAGACCAACAAUCCUCGGCUGCCGAUGUCCCUUCUCCCCUACGCGUAAUCAAGAGAGGGAAGUCCAUGCAGGUCCUCCGAAGCAGUCCGAGAAAGAUCAGUAGUGAAAGUUUCGAUAGUGGCCCUGAUCAACCGCUGACCGUUGUGAAGAGUCGGAAACCUCUCCGAAGAGCGAGUACCAGGAAGAAUCGAAGCAACGUCAAUGAACAAAUGUCUGGACGGCGCUUCGAAGCGAGAUCACGAAACUCCUCAGUAAAUACAAAUGAAAUACCUAGGUUUCAAUUAGAGCCUCCAGUUUCCAUGAAUGAGGGAGUCGCAGCUUUGAGUCAAGCUCAAGGUCCUAUAACGCCAAAGUGCAGAAAAGCUCCAGUGUUUCGGCGCACAUCGAGUCUACAAGCUGGCCGCCCCGUAUCCCCUACGUUUCUCACUAAACUACGCUCGUUAUCCAACCGAAGAGCGUCGUGUUCUAAACCGGGUCAUCAUGGCCAUGGCUCACGAAUUUUGAGCGACACUUCAGACUCAAUAUUCAGAGAUUCUGAUGAGCACGUAUCAAACACUUCGUGGGAUCAAUCGUCAUAUUCUGGUCUUUCAAUACCCGCUUCCCGCCUUAACGAAUUUGAUGCGCAUAGUCUGAGUGCCAAUGCUCGGGGUUUUGACAAUAACAUCCUUGAUCCUUAUUUACUCAUUCCGCAUGUGUCUAUCACACCAGAGUCAAAGUCUUUGAAUGAUGGGCAAUCAUACAUCUGGACAGCUAUUGAGAUAUCCGGUCAAUUGUCUUAUCCUCAUGCCAGUAACUCAAAUCACGAAUCGGCAUACUCUGGCGCUAAUCAAGCACCUUUUAUCCCCGUUCGUCAUUGCGAUGCCAGAUCGUCAAGAUAUGGAUAUCUAUAUAACAUAAAUGUAGACGUUUUGCCAACCACAGGAGGUAAUAUUAUCGAUCUCAUAGGUGAUACUACAAUCGGAACGAUAAACCCCGGUUCGAGUACCCUCAUAUUAGCUUGCAUUCGGCUAAGUGCUUCCCAAAUCCGGAAUUCUAAUAUCUCGAGUCGCGACUCAGAAAGUCUAAUCGCGGACCUCGAGUUUCAGCUUGGGGGUUCUCGGAUUGAAUAUGUCCACGUGUGUAUCAAUUAUUGCCACUCAGGCUUCCCAGUAUUUGAGAAUGCCACCACCGAGGAUAGUAUCUCAACCCACCAGACUCGCUUAAAGACGACAGUUACAGGCGUCAUAAAUCAACACGACCCAACUUCCGCAUGGUCCCCUAAACCAGUUUCCACAUCGAAUCCUCUAUUCGCCAUUAUUGCCUCGCAUUGGGGACCAGCUCGCGCCAACGAAAUCAUACGCAGGAUCACACCAAUUCGGCCAUACUCUCGUAGAGCAAUUAACCGAAUGAAUACACAAACUGAUAGAAGCGAAGACACUAUCAAAGCACCUGAGCGCAUUAGAACAUCCCCUCCCAUACCCCAACGCCAAACGAGUCUUAACCUCAAGUGCUUCUCUCCAGACCCAGCGAGAAAGAUUUGGACGGAACUACGUCGGACGUCGUCUGGCCAACGCCCAGCUUUCCAUGUCACCAGCAAGGCCAACCGCAUCCCGGCCGCAACAACAUUUGUGGAUGCGCCGAGCCCAGAGUCCAAGACGGACGUUCAGCGGCGCCGGGAGGAAAUACGGGACACUGCUACGCGUAACAGGAGGUCUAUCGGUGCAGAUAGCUUGAAGAGCCUAGUGCCAUCGGUGGCAGAAGGGAUAGAGGGUAAGGAGAACAGGCAAAGAAACAAGGUAGAUGAGACACCGAGUCCCCUUGAGCGGCAGGACGUGUCGUUUGAAGCACAGGGGCACAGACAUGGACAAGGCCGGAAGAGAGAGGGGCGGUGGAGUUUAGGAGGCUGGUGGCAGUAAAUGAUGGGUCAAAUGGAUGAGAAUCCGGUUAACAGAAAUAAUUAGCAGGGAAAUUUUCACUUUGGAUUCAAAUAGUCUAAUAAAAACUCAAU